AUGACUCGUCAUCGUUACAGCCACUAUCAACGUGAUAGCAGAGAGACCCAUAUCGUUUUAGACCAUCGUCCACCAAGGCUCCAUUCAGGAUGGUCUCAACUUAUGCAGUGGAGACGUCGAAAUGAGAUCAGACAACGGCAAUUGAUUCAUCAAGAGAUGGCGAUACGACAAGCAAGAGUUGCCAUCCCUGUUGACAGAGAUGAGUCGGAUGAAUCAGAUGAGUCAGAUGAAUCAGAUGAGCCUGAGGAAUGGGAAGAAAGUACCGAGGAUGAUCUGAGUUCGCAAUUGACACACAACACGAAUGCAAUGCACAUUUAUGGCUCGGACAAUCGGGACUCACGAUUGACACCCAGCAAUAGCACUGUAGACGUAACCACAGUUUCAAAUACUCCAUCGCCAGAGUAUACUAUCGGCUGCUCUGAAAGCUCGAAUCAAGUUGCGGUAAUUAGUGGACAAAAUAUCGAAGAAUCUGUCGAAAGAAAGGAGCCUUACGAAGAAGCUAGGAAGUCGGCACUGGAAGUUUCAGAGCAAGCAGCCACUCAAAUUCGGGGCGGAGGAAUCGCUACAUUGAGGAUUGGCAGAACUAACGGGAGGUCUUUUGUUUCAUUUCCUAUACGAUUCAAGGGUGCCAUGGAGUUUGUAAAAUUCACCGAAAAGAGUCCCUCCAAGACUUGGAUUACCCGCUUUAAGAAAAUGCAAAACGCAAUCAAUCCUCGCCACAGAAAGGGCUACGGGCAAGGUCCAAUUCCAAGAAAGCAGUCAUCUUAUGGUUGGAUGUUCGCAUCGACAAAGGCCAAAUAUCAAAGCUUUGGGAUAGACCUUUCGUAUGCAGAAGUGUCAGGAGCUGAUUGGGAAGUUCAGAAUCUUGCGACUGCAUACUUCAAAGUGGGAAAGGUUAGAAAGUAUAAACCAGGUAGCUCUAACCUACGAUAUUGUUUAACCUACUCCAAUAAGACGUUUGAUACUGGGUUUGCCAUUACCCUGGACCGUGGAAAAAACAAAAAAUGGUUCUCUCUUAGACGUACAGCACGCGCUGCAGCUUCAUGUAUUGGAUUUUAG